AUGGUUAAGCGUGAGACGGAGAAAGGGAGAGAGGAGGGUGGUGAUGAGAAGGAGAAGGUAAAGCAGGGGGAACAGGGCGCUGCAGCAGGUAGCGAGGAAGGGAAGGAGCAAGCGGCAGGGAGGACGGGAGAGCGAGGGGCAAAGGGAGCAGCACAGGAGGGAGUGAGGGUGGCGCUGCAAGUGGAAUUCACUCUGCCGGCGUCAGGAUAUGCCACCAUGGCCAUCCGCGAGCUGCUUAAAGCCUCCACUGCUGCUGGCGUUCACAAGGGUUUCAACGACAGGGAGGACGGCCGGGGUUGA